UGCUGCGGAGUGGGUGCUCCGGGGUGGGUGCGGCCAGCGUGGCGCAGCAGGCUAGGGUUGGGGGUCACCGCCUUGCACUCUGUGGGCCCGCUGCGCAGACCCGGAACCCCGCGUGCGGGUGGCUUUGAUGUGACUUGGGUUCCGCGCCGCGCCCCCUUCCUCCCCAGACGCGCACAGUCUUCUGUGGCCCGGGACCCCGCGGGCAGCGUUUGCACCGAGCUCGAGGCGCGCGAUGCCACUUGGCCUGGCUUCCCCCCUCGAGCGCCGUGCGGAGGAACCAGCCCGCGUCUGAGCGGCACCGGCUGCGGAGAACCCUGAAUCGACCUGUCUUCCAACAGCUAACUGCUACUGCCACCAGUAUCCCCUGCCUAGACCUGUCCCUGGACCACCUCUCAGCAGUCCAUUUCUUCUUACUCGUUUGGGUCUUGGAGAAGCAGCUAGUGGACUCCGAAAAGUGUCAAUCAAGAGGAGCCUAAAAGACCUCUGGGGAGCACAGAAUGAAGGAAGGCAUGUCUAACAACAGCACCACCAGCAUCUCCCAGGCCAGGAAAGCUGUGGAGCAACUGAAGAUGGAAGCCGGCAUGGACAGAGUGAAGGUCUCCCAGGCAGCCUCAGACCUCCUGGCCUACUGUGAAGCCCAUGUGCGGGAGGACCCCCUCAUCAUCCCGGUGCCUGCCUCGGAAAACCCCUUCCGGGAGAAGAAGUUCUUCUGCACCAUUCUCUAACACCCGUGGUGACCAAACGGGCCCUUUCCUGCUGUAAAAGUCCCGAGUAGAGACCGCGCACGCUCCCAUGUAGAGGCAUGCCUCCCAAACACACCCCAUCCCUAUCCAGCCACUCGUGAUCUGGGCUCACCUUGGUUUACUAUAUUUUCUUCACGACACUAUUUCUUCUUCUUCUUCUUCUUCUUCUUCUUCUUCUUCUUCUUCUUCUUCUUCUUCUUCUUCUUCUUCUUCUUCUUCUUCUUCUUCUUCUUCUUCU